CACGGCUUGUAAACGAGCAAGAAGUCUGGCUACGCUGUUAGAUGCUUUGCCAGCUUCAGUUUUCCUUGGCAUUUGCCCUGUGUAUUCGAAGCAUCGAAUAAUUUGUGGACACCGAGUUGAAGCUUCCUUAAUAGAAACGCAGUUUUACUUUGCGUAUUUGCUCUAAAUGUCGACGGUAACGGCGAGUUCCAAAGAAGACGUAACAAUGGUCCAGACUCCGGAGAAGACAAAAGAUGGGCACGGCCAAGAGCCAAAUGGCAAAGCAGAGGAGGGCGAUGAAAGCAUUGCAACACCCGGAUCGAAGCGCAAAUCCGGGAGCUCACAAGGUAGUGCCCGCAAGAAGCAGAAGAAGAACAGCAUUUCGCCAAAGAUCGUGCAGCCGAAAAAUGCGCUCAUGCAGCUGAACGAGCUCAAGCCGGGCCUGAAGUAUUCCGUAGACUCCCAGGAAGGGCCCGCCCACCAACCAAGCUUUGUUGUCUCGGUGGAAGUCGACGGCCAGCGCUUCACGGGUCGCGGCCAGUCGAAGCAGUUGGCGAAACACGCGGCGGCGCAGGCUGCCUUGAAGUCUUUCGUGCAAUUCCGCAACGUGCCCGAAGCCUACUGGGCAAUGAGCCGCACGAUGGUCCAGUCCGGGGACUUCACCAGCGACGACGUUGAGCAAGACGAUAACAGUGGCAUCUUCAGUGGGUUCACCGCGGAAAACCCCAUCGAAGAAUUUCACCGAGACCAGCUAAAGCGCUUUUCGGGUGGCAAGGACGGGGAUGCGGAGAAGAAAGCUACGAAAGCGGCUGAAGAAGCGGACAAGAAAAAUCCAGUAAUGCUGCUCAACGAGUUGCAACCAGGCCUGGAGUACACGCUCGUGUCAGAGAAUGCGGCAGUGCCCACGCAGCGUUUCACCAUGGCAGUCACCACGAGCAACGGCGAUGUUUACGAGGGAUGUGGUUCCAACAAAAGGCUGGCCAAGGCGGCGGCUGCGCGUGCGGCGUUGCUCAAGUUGUACAAUAUCAUGGCUCAUCCUUCGGGAACGCUCAAACGUGAUGAGAAGGGUCCUGUUGUGGACACCCUGCCCCAGGCAUUGGCCGAUCGACUGGGCAACACUGUCAACGAGACACUGCAAAAGGUGAUGGCUGACCGGGCAGAGAGUGCCAAGUGGAAAGUAUUGGCAGGCAUCAUCAUGACGAUGCCAUCACAGGAGGCUGACAAAGAGGAUGACGUGAAGGUAUUAACAGUGGCCACAGGCACAAAGUGCAUCAACGGCGAGUACAUCAGCAUGAAUGGGGCAGUGCUGCAGGACUGCCAUGCCGAGGUUGUGUCCCGGCGUUGUUUCAAAGACUUCCUGUAUGGACAGCUCGAGCUCUGGAAGAAUGGCAAGGAAAACGAAUCCAUCCUCGAGCAGAGGCCGGACAAGAAGGGAUUCCGCGUCAAGCCAGACAUCAAGUUCCACCUGUACAUAAGUACAUCGCCCUGCGGAGAUGGUCGCAUUUUCUCCCCUCACGAAAUGAUGGCCGAUUCGGCGUCUCUGAAUGCGGACAAGCAUCCGAACCGUCGGGUGCGAGGGCUGCUGAGAACGAAGAUUGAAGCUGGUGAAGGGACCAUUCCGCUCAGGUUGGGCCCCGUGCUGCAGACAUGGGAUGGAGUGCUGCACGGUCAGCAGCGGCUGCUCACCAUGUCAUGCUCAGACAAGCUGGCCCGUUGGAAUGUGCUGGGCCUGCAGGGCUCACUCUUGUCGCUCUUCAUUGAGCCCGUCUACCUGGAGAGCGUAGUGCUGGGUUCCUUGUACCACCCGUGGCACAUGCAGCGUGCCAUGUGGGGCCGCCUCGAAGGCAGUCUGCACUUGGAGGCCGAGAGCCCUUUCCAGCUUCACCGGCCUAGGCUGGGCGCCAUCUCCAGCCCUGAGUCCCGACAGGGCAAUAUUGCUCGUUACAGGGUAAACAAGUCUCCAAACUUCAGCAUCAACUGGACAGCUGGCUGUGAGGGUCCUGAAGUGGUCAAUGCGAGCACAGGCAAGACGGAGGAAGGCCAGGUGUCGCGCCUGUCCAAGCGCACGCUCUUUGACCGCUUUUGCCACCUGUGGGGGCAAGUGCCCUCCAUCGAGCGCCAGGACCCCAGCCAGAAGCCCCGGCUCUAUGCAGAAGCCAAGAAGUCUGCCGGCUUGUACCAGGAAGCCAAGACGCGCGUCACCGAGGCCUUUAGCGCCGCCGGCCUCGGCACUUGGGUCUCCAAGCCCAUCGAGGCCGACGAGUUCGAGCUCGACAUUUAAGCGGCGGUCUGCCAAGCAGUCGUCCCUCUGCAAGCGAAAAUGCUGAGCGUUUUCGCACUCGCCCUCUUUGUUUUGGUUACAGUGGCUAUUUCAUCACAGUUAUUCAUUUUUGAACUCGUCGUAUACACACUUGCUUCCUUUCCUUUGCUUUUAUCAAGGUAGUUUUUUGUGCGUUCGUCUUUCCCUAGUCUGUCUCAUUCCCUUUUUUUGCCCCUCCAUUAUCUCAAUCUUUUCUUUAUUGCAGAUUUAUUAUAGACACAGUUCUAAUGGAUAGAGCUGUAAGCAUUCAUAGGUGGGGUCAUUUAUUUGCAGGAAAGGUUGUGCACAUUUGUUGCUUUUCGAUCGAGCAUGUGCCAAUGGCUGCGCUCGUGGUGCGAGGAAGUGAAGCCUUCAAAAGAGUGCAUGACUAAAUGCAAUUACUGGUCAUUCAAUAAUAAACACUUUUUUUUUUUUCUCGAGACUAUCUAGUUACACUGUUCCAGGAUUAUUAUUUUUCUUGCCUGCCAUUUUUCAGAUACCACAUGUCGCACAUUUCAAGCCACUGUUCUCACUCCUUAUGCAAGUUUGUAAGGCAGUGUCAUGCAUCGUCAUUCUCACCUCACAGCGAUGCAUUCAGUGUUUUCAAAACAGAGUUACAUUACUUUCAGGCUGUCAUCAAACAUAACUCUUUCUCUAUAUAUAUAUUAGUGGAACCAAGUUCAGUCAUCUUGUGUAGAAAAUCUCUAUGCUAGGAAUCACGCAAUAUCGAAUCUUCACGACCGCUUUCUUGUGCUCGACUUUAAAUAGGACCUGCUAUGCACUUGCAGCGCAAGUGUCCUGCACCCUCUCUUCGUCCUUGGAACCUUAGUGCCACAAGGUGCACGAGAGUGCACAGGGGGAAAAAAAAGCAUGCAGAACCCUCACCAAUUAGAUAUUCAGCAAAUUUUAAGGACAGGGCUCUGCUAAGUUUGUUUUUUUUAUCAGUUUUUAUUUUGUGUACUCAUUAGUAGCAACAUUGCUGUAAACCUUUGCGCCUUCAUUAGACUUCACACAAUGGCAGAACCUUGGAAAACUUUUUUCACACAUUGCUUUUCAUUUUGCCAGCACUGAAUAAAUCAUUCCAUUGACUACUCAAAGAAACUAAAAGAAUGUGAGGGGGCACUGUUGGCACAUGUGCAGUGUUUUAUUGAUAUUCUAGCAGGUUGUAACGCGCAUUACCACUUUUUCAGUGCGGGGGCAGCCGAUGUGCACGCUUAAAACAGCAAUUUUGUUUAUGAUGCUGUUUAACACUGACAACAUUCAUUCGCCAGCAUGUUUCAGGGAGCCUAUUAGCCGUAGCAUAGCACAUCACUUGAUGCUUCACACGACAGGUAAUUAUUUAAAAUCUGCUUACGAACAACCAGCUGAAGUUUACGCUUAUGGCUUAGGAGUGCUCCGAGAACCAGCCAUCGUGUGACAAAAAUACUGUCUAGCGAGUGCGACAUAGUAAACAGCCUUAACCACACGAAGACACAACUUGGUCACCUUUGCGGGCAGCUUGCAUCGUCUGUUGGCAUUCUUCCGCCAGCUGCAUGUGUUUCCAGAGAUCGCUGUCGUCGUCACCAGCAUGGCGGCAGAAACGAUGUUCUUGUGGCUUUCCCCUUGUCCACCAUAAGCACAUGCUGGUGAACAGCCCGCAGUCUGUUUGCAUAAGCAAGGCGAAAGGGCAAAAGUGACUAUGGCGUUGUCAGUGCUAGCUCCCGCCAGCUCAGAGUUCAGACGCGUUGUUGUCGGGAGUGGUCGCUGCUCCCUUUCAGGUACCCUCGUGCAAUGUCAUUGUUGCAAGGUGCGAUGUACAGUGCUAGAUUACAUGCAAGCUUCAAUAUUCAUUUAAAUUACCUAGCAGGCUUUAUUCACUGUGAAGAUUCUGCACUGAAUAUUGUUCAUGCUAUCUCUGCUGUGAACUUUUGUGUCAGUUCUCUUUGAACACCUCUCUUCAGUUUCAACUGAUCAUAAGCGCUCCUAUGUUGUGCAAGCGAUCUAGACGAUGGGUAAAAAAAGGAAAGAAAAAAAGAGCAAGUUCUUUCAUAGAGAUUGUCACUGCCAAUGGCACUUUUAAUCGACAAUCCAAAGUAAGCGUAGUCCGCUGAAGCGAUUAGAUGAUUACGUAGUUAAACAUGUUGCUGAAGAGGUCAGCACUGCUUUUCUCCUUUACCGUAAACAGUUUUUUCUUAGUGAUAUGAACAAAAGUUUGAAAUACAUAGUAUGCUUUUAAAAGGUCUUUCUCAUGGUGCAAUCUAUGGCAUUUAUUGCAUAUUCCAUGGAUUUAAGAGAUUAACCGCUAUUUUGUGCUGUUCUUCAGGAUGCUGAAAUGCAUAACAUUGCUAAGUGCUAAGUAUACUGAGUAUGAGAGGGUUAACUGCUCUGAGUUUUAUUAUAUUGAUACACUUUUGUAACAACUGGUCAUCACUCUGUCUAGUUAGGUUUUUCCAAGCUUUUUCUACGUUCCCUAUUCAGGAAGUGCAAAAUGCACCUUCCUUGUCAUUUCAAUGUACUGUCUCUUAACUUUACCGCUUCUUAUGCUUGCUGUAGUACAGAGUGUCUGGAGGGGGGGAAGGGGGGGAGUUGUCCUGGUUUCACUCCUUAACUGGGAAAGCAUUGUCUUUUUAUUGUGUUGUAUUGCAUGUUCACAAAGCGGUUUCCAAUCUAGGACAAAAUUUUUAUGUAUAUUUUUGUCCAAACGAUUGUUAAGGAGGUUCAGCAAGUUAACAUUUAUUGCCACAUCUGAAGCAAAUCGAGAAAAAUCUACUGCGACAAAAAAUGCCGCAGUGCGCUUAUCCUUACCUCGGAAGUCGCGCGUGUUUAUGUAAAUAAUUUUAUUGCCUAGAUUGUCAAUGCCGUGCUAACCUCUAAAACUGGUGCAUGAAGAUGUGCUUGAGUAAGUGCACAGCUGCGGCUGCCCUUAUCUGCAUGCAAGCAUUUGUUCUUAGCUUUGAUAAGGUGCUUAAAAAGUAUUUGCCAGUCCAUCAAAUGGUAUUAUGUGGAUUGGCAAUGGGUCUUCCCGUAAGACGUGUCGACACUGGUGUUGCCCGACAUUAGUAUUGUUUCAGAAUUCUUGCCUUGCUCGUGAAUCAAACAUCGGUUCAUGAAGCAUGUUCAUUUUUAACUGCGAAGCAAGGCGUUCGGCAGUGUGCUUUGUUGCCAUCAUAAUCACUGUUUGAUUUUCCUCACGUUUUAUUUCUUCUUUUCAUUUCUGCCACACUGGACAUUUUCCUCGAAAACAUAUGCAGCCUUGUGAAUAUAUGGGCUUCUUCUAUAUUUGAUGCAUGUUCUAAGGUGAACCAUAUAAAAGACCUCCUUUGAAGGCUGAGUUUGCCCCAAAAUAAAUUGUAACUGGUUACAGUAAUGGGCCAGUCACAUUCGCUAACAUAUAACACAUAUUGACCCUGGUAAACAUGCUCACCAUUCACUUUUCUUUUUUUUUUUUUUUUUGCACCGUUGCACUAGAGCGUUAAAUUUAUGGCCAAAGAGUUGUAGAUUUGAAACGAAGUUUUAUAGGUUUUUUUUUCUUUUCUGAAACAGAAUUUCGAAGGUAGUAUCCUAUUCUCACGUCAUCUGCUCUCCUGUUCCAAGAGACAUUGUCAAACCACCAAGCAUACCGUUUUGCUAGAAGGCUUUGGAUCGGCCACUUAAGGGAGAGCGGAUGUUGAAGGCACUGUCCAUUACCGAUAUCGGUGCUGCUGAAAUUACUGGUCCCAUUAUCGUAGCGAGUGCCAAUAAAAGUUUAGAAAGCAAGGCCGCAGUACAAUGAUGUUUUUCUCUCAUGCUUGUACUCCUUAUCUUAACAUUUAUAGCCUCUCUAUAACAACAACAAAAAAAAAUCAAAUACCUAAAGUAGCAUAGGCACUAUUUUUUCUCUCCGCAUUUUCCUUCCAUAAUGAACAGCUCGGGAAAAACUUUUUUUGAUGAGAAUUUUUAUGCAAUUAGAGUUGCUUCUUUGCUGCUUCUUGUUAAGGGUAUCUCCUUUGUUGAGACUUGUUUAUAAGUUAUGCUCCCCUUGUCAUCUGCAUGUUGCAUUGUGUGUAAAAGAAAAAGCCGCUACACUAUGGGCUUUGUAGUGUUUGCAUUGGGCACAGAUUGGAGUGUACCUGUUGUUCUUGUGUGCUUGGUUUCUGGCUGGUCAUGACGAAGCGGCUUGACCUUGCACUUUUAUGUACAUAAAGAUGGGCUCAACAUUUUUUUUUUCCCCAACGCUUUGCUGGUAUACAAUUGUGUACAUAUGUACUACUAAAUCUGUGUAAAAUUUCAUUGUAGUGUGCUUGCCUGUGUUAUUACUAUUGGUUGCAUGGGUUUAAAUGUUUGACAGGCAAUUUUAUAACUUGAGGAAACAUUUCAUCGUAGCAGUAAACUUCAAGACUUGCUAACUCGCAAAGCGGUGCAACUGUGGUACUGUUACCACAUGUAGCACACCGAAUGGAUUGCUGGUCUGCCUCAUUCUGAAGAUAUCGGGAAUGCUUGGCUGUACUCAUGAUGCAAGAUCCACUUUAUCACAGUAGACCCAACGAUAAAGUUUCUUCAAGUCAUCUGAA